ACUAGCUAACCAAACAGAUCUCCUCUCUCUCUCUCUCUCUCUCUCUCUCUCCUCAGAAUGACGACGGAGAUGCCGCCUCCACCUCCCAAGAACCCCUCCGCCGCCACCUCCUCCACACCCACCUCACCUGAACCCCAAACCGAAACCCUAGACGAACCAUCAACCUCUGCAAUGGCUCCUCCACCUCCCAAAAACCCUGUCCAGUCCGACGCCGUUCUGUCCCAUUCCAACGGCCGUGAAGAACCCCAACCGACCCCUUCCCAAGAUCAAGAAGAGCCAGCAGCGCCCGUCGAAAUCUCCGACGCCGGAAACUCCGCGCCCACGCGGAGUGUCGAUGGCAAACAAGAGCAGCGCCCGAGUGUUGCGGUUCCUUAUACGAUUCCCGAGUGGAGCGGACCUCCUGGCUAUGAUUUCUCGUUGGAAGUUCUUAAAGGAGGCUCCAUCGUUGAUCAACUUCAUGUUCACGAGAAGGGGGCUUACAUGUUUGGGCGCGUAGACCUUUGUGAUUUUGUUCUCGAGCACCCAACCAUUUCUCGCUUUCAUGCUGUUCUUCAGUUCAAGAGAAAUGGAGGUGCUUAUCUUCAUGACCUUGGUAGUACGCAUGGGACUUUUGUAAACAAGAAUCAGGUGAAGCCAAAGGUGUUUGUCGAUUUGCAUGUUGGAGAUGUGAUUCGAUUUGGCCAGUCAUCUCGAUUAUACAUACUCCAAGGACCAUCUGAGUUAAUGCCACCACUUAUUGUGUUGCUUGUAUUGAAGGAACGGGACUUGAAGAGCAUAAAAAAUUCUAAGAUGCGAGAAGAGAUGCAAGAUAUGAAAGCUUCACUUUUGCGAGCGAAGCGUGAAGCCUCUAUUGCUGAUGGUGUCUCAUGGGGCAUGGGUGAAGAUGCCAUAGAAGAAGCUGAGGAAGAUGUUGAUGAAAUUAGUUGGCAAAACUACAAGGGGCAGCUCACAGAGAAGCAGGAAAAAACCCGUGAUAAAGUUAUAAAAAGACUAGAGAAGAUUGGUAAUAUGAAGAAAGAAAUAGAUGCUAUUCGUGCGAAGGAUAUUUCUCAGGGUGGGUUGACGCAGGGGCAGCAAACUCAGAUUGCUCGGAAUGAACAGAGAAUAGCCCAGAUAAUGGAGGAGCUUGAAAAUUUAGAAGAGACUCUAAAUGAAAGUAUCCAAGAAAGCUUAGGUGCUCGUGUUGGGGGAAUGUCCCAUGCUAAGAAGAAAGGAGUGGCAGAAGAUGAAGAGGAAUAUUCGAGUGAUGAAGACGAGUUUUAUGAUCGUACUAAGAAGAAGGCUUCUAAGCGUAAGGGUGGUGAAAACCAGUCAAUUGAAACAGCUGAUAGCCUUCUUGAUAAGAAAGAUGCACUAACUACAGAAAUCGAAGAGAAGAAGUUGCUUCUGGAGGAGAAGGAUAGGAUGGAAUCAGAAAAUGCUGGAGAAGGUGCUGGAGAUGCUCUUGAUGCAUACAUGUCUGGAUUAUCCUCUCAACUAGUUCUUGACAAAACUGAGAAGCUUCAGAACGAAUUAUCAACUCUUCAGUCAGAAUUGGACAGGAUAGUCUACUUGCUGAAGAUUGCCGAUCCAGCUGGGGAAGCUGCUAGGAAAAGGGAAUCAAACUCACAAGAUCCAAAACCUAAUCUGUUCAAAGUCCCCACCUCUGCAAGUGUGAGAAAAACAAAAUCAGAGCCAAAUAGAAAGAUUGAAUCAGAAAAAUCAGUGAAUAGCUCCGACAAGAAACAGGACACUACUAAUGUGACGUCAGGCAAGAAGCCAGAAGAGGGUGAGGUUAUAGUUGAUAAAACAGAAUGCAAAGCUACUGAAUAUGUUGCUGUCAAGCCUCAGUGGCUUGGAGCUGUUCAAAAAACAGAGACAAAAGAGACUCAACUGGAGGGCCCUCUAGAAAUGCAGGAGUCUGAUCAGUUUGUUGAUUACAAAGACAGGAAGAAGGCUCUGGAAAAUCAAGAUGCUACACAAUUGAACAUGGAGUUGGGGAUUGAAAAUGCAGCUCCUGGUCUUAUAAUAAGAAAGCGGAAGCAGGUUGUCAAUGAAACCAAAGCUUCCGAACAUUCCACAAUUGCAUCCGAAGGAGCUGAAAGUAGGGCAGAAGAUGCUGUGGCACUGUUAUUGAAACAUAAAAGAGGAUAUUACGCAUCCGAUGAUGAGGCAGGCCAGAAUACUGAGGAUAUUCCACGUCGGAAAAAACCUGGGAAGGAUAAUAAAAAGCCAAAAAGAGUGCUUGGUCCAGAGAGACCUUCAUUUCUUGGUGGCGAAACAGAUUAUGAAACCUGGGUGCCUCCUGAAGGCCAAUCAGGUGAUGGACGGACUUCAUUAAAUGAGCGUUAUGGUUACUAAUUUUUUUUGCAUUAACAACGUAGCUAUUAUUUGGGCUCUUCAAAGAUAUGAUGUCACGCCUUGAGAAACUGCACGUGGCACUGGCUGAUUAUCAAUUCCUUUGCAUUGGAUUGAUGAAGCUGUUGAUUAAGUCAGAUGGCUAUGGAUUAGAACUCGCUGAGAGCUGCCGGCUUGUGGCAUUAUGCAUCAGUGGAAGGAACACCUAUGUAAGGGUUAAAUGCUUCUUGGUUACUAUAGUUGCUUAAAAAAGGUAAACUCCUGUGUAGAAAAUGAGGUGUAUAGGCUCUUGCUCCUAAUUGUGUCGGAUAACUUUACUGUAUAUAGCUCUUUCGUAGUUUUCUCCUCUUACAAAAAUAUUACACAAGGCCUUCUGGGAUUUGAAAUUUUCAGAUUCGAGAUUGUGUAAUAGGCUACAGGAAAUUGCAUACAAAGCUUUUUUGAGAUUC